AUGUCACGGUCAUCAAUGUCUCCUGGAGAGGAGAACACUACCACUGGCCAUCCUACUACUACCAGCACCCGCGGUCGAAGAAGAUCGCAUCACGCCUGUUUGACUUGCAGGCGCAAAAAGACUCGUUGCCCUGGCGAGAAACCACAAUGCUCAAGCUGUGUCCGCCUCAAACAGUCUUGCUCUUAUCCCCCAGCUAUUAGGCCCUCUCAGAGCGGCCCUUCGGAGGAGAGAUUGGCGCAUUUGGAAGAGAAGCUUGACUUUUUACUCAACGGUAAUCUGUCUACAUCACAAAAACAACAACAGAUCAACCACAACCAACAUCAACACCAACGUCAACAAUCACAACUCGAAUCCCCUCAAGAAACAACAGACACUUCAGAAAAGUCAUACUCUGGCCUCCAAAACACGCGCGAACCAAGUUAUCCCACGAGCCAUCCCUCGGUCAAGUCCGAAUGCGAAAACUCGUCGCUGCGACCCAGUGUGUCCGACAUCGCUGCUGGCGUUGCGCUAUACUUUGAGUAUUGCCACCGACAGCCGAUAUGGUGCUUCGAGAGAGACGAGGUCAGCGACUUUGCCUCGAUGCACGAUGAGCUCGCCUGCAGUAUUCUUGCUCUGACUUUGCGCUUUUCCGAGAAUGCUGAUCAGGCAAAGUUGUACGCAAACAAUGCAAAGAGCCUUAUUAUGCUGCGCAUCGCAAAUGGCAGUGUAGAUCUGGCGACGCUUGAGAGUCUUUGUUUGCUCUCUUACUCGUCAUUCAUUGUAGAUGGAAACGUGCAUCUUGGUCAAUUUCACCUUGGUCUUGCUCAUCAACUAUGUCGCUCCGCAAUGCUCGACGUAGAGUCCUUCUACGCCGUUGGAGACCCCAUGAUAGAGCGCAAAAAGCGACUGUUCUGGAGUCUGCAAAUGCUUGAGCAAUCUUAUGGUCGCCAAGAAGGUCUUUUGAGCGUCCCGACAGAGAUCUGGAGACCCGCCUACUCUACAACAAGAGGCCAUCAACCAGAGCACGAUCCCAGAGCUCCCACUCUACCUCGAGAUGACCUCGGCUGCCACCACCCAAAUGAACCCGGUAUCUGGAACACCAGCGUUCAUCUUGGCUGGGUCUGGAGUCAAGUCCGAAAAUAUGUUUCCGAUUGUGCCCACAACAACAUUAAAGAGCCCUGGCGACAUGACUCGAUGUAUGCAAAGGUCCUCGCCGACUUUAUGGAGACGGAAAACAGGAUACCCAUGUGCCAUCGCUACGACACGGUCAAGUUUUACGAGCGCAAAGUUGAAGACUUGAAGGUGCAUCGCGACUACUGGGCGCCCUGGCUCAAGGAGCAAUUCACAUACCACGUUAUUCCCACCGUCCUCAACCAUCCAUUCCUCUACAUCGUCGGAGCGCAGCACAAUCCCAACCUUGGCAUCCCCAACACCUUUUGGAGACGAUCUUCCGAGCUCGCACUUUUGCAUUCUACUUGGAUCGUUCGAAUGAUCGACAUGGUAGUCGACAAACAAGUGCCCCUUGCAGAUCCUUUCUUUGGGCAUGUGGCUGCUAUUGCGGCGACGGAUCGCAACCUUGACAAGAUGACGCGUAUUGCCGCGGGAACAUCUGAGAGCAUGGAGGUGGAAGACUGGAUGCCCUCCAAGAUCUACCUUAGCGUUCCCCUCAUGUGGAAGAUCCUUCAGUUUAACACAGUGGCCGACUCUCACGAGCUUCCAACAGCUGGACUGCUCAACCAAUCACUGGUGCCAAACUCAAUGCACGAAGGGGACAACGAGAACGUCACCUUGGAAAUCAUCGUCGCUAGCGCUCCCGAGAUUUCCAUCAACACAGCUGAUGGAGGUCAAGAGGCUCCUACACUGUCAUACAAGGCGGCCCCUCUAUCUUCGUCGCAGGGCCCAGACUCGGCGCGCGACACAGUCUAUGAUGAAAUUCCCGUUGAGGACAGCCUGACGCUGUGCACAACACCUUGGCUUUACGCAGACUCUUCCCAGUUUGUUAACAUCGCUGAUAUGGGCUGCGACGACCCGCAACCUCCCAUGAGCGAAAGCAACCGAGGGCCCGCUUGGUGGGAGGGCGAAAAUUUUAGUAAUAUCAUGUUUAAUCACUUUUAG